CUUCACGGAGGAAUAUUCUCCGUCAGUGCAUAAUUUUGCCCAUUUAAGAUCUUUUUCUUAUCUACUCCACAUAAUCUAAGCUGAUAAUAAUAAUUUAAUCUAAAGCUUGACUUUAUUAUUAGCAUUGCACUUAAAACUGAAGUAAAUACAAUAAUUUCUCUUGAAUUUUCUAAAAAAGUUAUAUACACUUUAGAGAAGUACUUUUGACCUAUUUACAAAUGGAGAAUCUUCCAUCAACUUACGUAGAAGGCUUCCAUGAUUUAGAAGCUGUGAAAGCAAUGAAAUACAAUACAUUAGGAAAAACUGGAUUACUUGUUAGUGAAUUAUCUUACGGAGGGGGGCCUCUUGGCUUUCAUUAUGGUUUAUACGAUGAAAAUGAAGCUAUCGAAGCCAUUAAGCAAGCUCUUCGAUGUGGCAUCAAUUAUAUAGAUACUGCACCCUGGUAUGGUCAAGGUCGUUCAGAAACAGUUAUUGGAAAGGCGCUGAAAGACAUUCCACGACAAGCUUAUUAUUUAGCUACUAAAGUUGGACGAUAUGAAUUAAAUUAUGAAAAAAUGUUUGAUUUUUCUGUCGAUAAAACACGAAAAAGCUUUAAAAACAGUCUAGAACGUCUUCAAGUAGACUACGUCGAUGUCAUUCAGGUUCAUGAUAUAGAAUUUGCACCUUCAUUAAACAUUAUUAUCACACAAACUCUUCCGGAGCUAUCAAGAAUAGUGGCUCAAGGAAAAGCAAAAUUUAUAGGAAUCACUGGAUAUCCGAUUUCUACACUUAAAGAAUGCAUUCAAAAGAGCAAUAUCAAUAUUUCUUGUGUAUUAACGUACUCGAGAUUUACUUUGAUAGAUAAUACUCUACAUGAAUAUUUGCCAUUUUUCAAGAAACUAAAUAUUGGAGUAAUAAAUGGUGCUGCUUUAGCAAUGGGACUAUUUACCAAUCAAGGUCCACCUGAGUGGCAUCCUGCUGAUGAUGAAGUCAAAAAUGUAUGUCAAAAUGCAGUAAAGUACUGUAAUGAUCGCAAUGUGGAUAUUGCUCGACUUGCUAUUUGGUACUCUAUUCAGUUUGGAAAUGUGGACACACAUCUUAUAGGAAUACAGGAUUUAAAGCAGUUAAAAACAAACAUUAGCCUAAUUAUAGAUGGAAUUACAACAGAAGAAAAAGAAAAUCUAAGUGAGAUUCAAGAAAAAUAUUUAAAAACUAUCAAAGGAUCUCAUUGGGAAACCAAAGAAAUUAUGGCUUACCAGGCACAAAUUGAGAAUACAAGUAAAUAAAAAACUAUAUAAGAGUCUUUUUUUAUAUAAAUUAAUAUUUUCUCGUGUAAAAAUGCACUGGACAAUCAUAGAAUAUUAAGCAAUUUGUAAAUAAUGUGAAAUUUAUUUUAUGAAUAA